AGAGCUAUUGUUAGUUGCUAGAGCAGGAUGGGAGAAGUAAAGUGGUUCUCAGCUCCCUUAAGAAUGAUGUUCUGGAUGUUUUGUUGGUCAUUUUCAAUGGCUUUGGGUGCUCCUACUCCUAGUAAUUUAACAGAUAUUGUGAGAUUAUGGAGCCAUACUGGAUUAUACUGUGGUAGAGAAGGCUUGAAGUUUAUCUUGCCUGCAAGCCAAAUGGAGAUUAUUUCCCUAAUGAGUAUGUUGGAUUCAGAAGGCCAGUUCCAUCCCCUUAAGAACUCUACGUGUGGUGUCUCCAUAUCUCAGAAACAUGAUGGUUCUACAGUGGUUACAGCUCCGUAUGCAGGAUGCUUCUUCAUCAGAAAGAAUGGCAACUUCCUGAUGACUUUCAGAAUUGAAAGACAAGAUGCUGUUGGUAAAGUCCUUGCCUAUGAACAGGAGCUGAAUUGCCCAAUCCAAUUGCCAGCCCUAGCUCUAGAUGCUCCAAGCAGCAGUGUGUGCCAGGAUGUGCAGAGACAAGACCGGAUUCCUUGUGCCACCCAGUCUGUAUCUCAAAGAGAAUGUGAGAGAAAAGGCUGCUGCUACACCCCUGGUGAUCUUCAUGCUGCUUGUUACUAUGGCAAUACAGUGACUGCACAAUGCACACCAGAUGGGCACUUCUCAAUAGCAGUAUCAAGGGAUGUGACUCUACCAUCACUAAUUCUGGAAUCUAUGCGUCUUGUCAGUGGACAUGGUAGUGGCUGUGUGCCUGUGACAAAGAACAAUGCCUUUGCCCUCUACAAGUUCCCACUCUCUGCUUGUGGAACUACUUUCCAGGUGGCUGGUGGCCAGGGUGUAUAUGCAAACGAGCUGAUAGCCUACCAGGAUGUCCAAAACUGGAAUACGGGCUCCAUCACACGAGACAGCAUGUUUAGGCUGUACAUCAGCUGUAGCUAUUCAACAGGGGACUAUCUCCCACUUGAAGUAAAAGUCUUUACCCUGCCUCCACCUCCUUCAGUUACUCAGUAUGGUCCACUCAAUUUAGAGUUAAGAAUUGCCACUGACCAACUCUACAGUGAAUACUAUGCCAACAGGGAUUACCCUGUAGUCAAGGUUUUGAGGGAUCCAGUUUUCCUUGAAGUACGGAUCCUGCAACGGACAGACCCAAACCUGGUUUUGGUUCUCCAUGAGUGCUGGGCCACAUCAAGCACUAAUCCUCUGCAGAAGCCCCAGUGGUCCAUCUUGGUGAACAGGUGUCCAUAUGGGGGUGAUAAUUACCAGACUCGGUUUGUCACUGUUGAAGCAGCUUCAGGACUACAGUUUCCAUCACACUACCUACGCUUUGUUGUCAGCACUUUCACCUUUGUGGAUUCUGCUUCCCGACAGGCACUGACUGGACCAGUGUACUUCCACUGCAGUGCUUCUGCCUGUGUCCCAUCAGCACAAGAAUCUUGCAUGGCUCGCUGUCUCGGGGUCAGAGCCAGGAGAACACCAGAAAACCAGACCCCUGAGGAUACUCCAAGGAGCCUGGUGACAGCAGAGGGAGCUGUGGACUUCCAGAUCAGUAAAGCACAAACUGAGCAGAAAGUUCCCCACUGGUCUGAUCCAAUCCUAUCUGAAGAAUGGGAGAGAGCACUUGUUGUUGCAGUGGGAGUUGUCUUUGUUGCAUUGAUUUUUGUUGGAAUAAGAAAAUAUUGGAAGAGGACAAAAUGUGAACAAGCUAACCUCCAAUAAAUAACCAGAAUGAAGAAA